GACGCUACUUCUGCGAUGUUCGAGUCCAGAGACUAUGUUUCGGAUUAUGAGUCCGAAACUAACAGUAAUCUUGAUACGAAUAGUGAGAUAAGCCGAUCCGAUAUACCUCCGUCAAAGGACAAGGAGCUUUGGGAAAAACCUACCACAGCUAGGUUUCCGGCUUAUGCUAAUGCAAAGUCUGUCUGGGAUGCAGAAAACAAAAGAGCCUACAAUUCUGUUGUUCGACAUCAUCUAUUGAAUCUCAAUGCUUUUGAUCGUCAUAAAAAGUUAGUCAAUGAUUAUUUACAAUAUUAUGGUGGCUCAUGGAGUGAUUUCAAACGUGACACUUCAAAAGAUAAAACAGAUGUUGAUGUCAUAAGGGAACACGGAAGAUUUUUAUGGUCAGAACAAGAUGAACCAUUGUCAUGGUCUGAACGUCUUGCUAAGAAGUAUUGGGAAAAAUUAUUUAAAGAAUACUGUCUUGUCGAUUUGUCACGUUACAAGGAAAAUAAAUUUGGUAUGAGAUGGCGAUUAGAAAAAGAAGUGAUUUCUGGUAAAGGCCAAUUCGCUUGUGGAAAUGUAGCCUGUCCAGCUGGUGCAGAACGUCUACGGAGUUGGGAAGUGAAUUUUGUCUAUCAAGAACGCGGGGAACGACGUAAUGCUUUGGUGAAAGUACGUUUAUGCCCCGCAUGUUCUGAUAAAUUGAACUAUCGGUAUAAAAGACGUGAUGUUACUGGGAAACGAAUCAGCUCUGAGCAGGAGGAAAAUGAUGCUGAAAGUAAUCGUCAACAAGAUAGAAGCGGUGAUGAUGAUGAUGAUCAUAAGGAAUCUGCAGCGAAACGUCCACGUAAUUCCAGUGACCAAAACAACGAAGAUAAUAAUAAUUCCGACAGUAAAAACACCUCAGAUACUACUGAUAUCAAUUCAGUAUGGUGUAAAUCAGCGCAAACAUCACAAGGAAGUGGAAAUCCCGGUGGCGCCGGCAAUAGCAGCAGUACAUCGGGGAUUGUCAAGACACCGGAUGAUGAAUUCGACGAAUACUUUGCAGACAUGUUAAUGUAG